UGUAACUUCCAUAUCGGGGAAAUCAUACUAUCGAUGCAAAGGGCGACACUCAUUCCCGGCCUGUCGGAGGCGCUCGUCUACACCACCAUUUCGGGCACAAUCGGUGUAUUAGUUCCGUUCACUUCGCACGAAGACCACGACUUCUUCACGCACCUGGAGAUGCACAUGCGUUCAGAGAACCCGCCCCUCUGUGGUCGCGACCACCUGUCGUUCCGCUCGUAUUACUAUCCCGUGAAGAAUGUAAUCGAUGGUGAUCUCUGCGAACAAUUCAAUUCCAUCGAAGCCCCCAAACAAAGAAGUAUUGCCGAAGAUAUGGACCGAAUUCCAGCCGAGGUGUCGAAGAAGUUGGAAGACAUAAGAACUCAAUACGCGUUUUAAUUGUCUCUUAAUUUACAUUUAAUGUACAAAAUGUAAGUUUGACU